GAUUUCAAGACUUGCUGCUAUCGAAUACAGAUCGCCCUGUGAUCAAUUUGAUAGAUUAUUAACGUUUAUUAAUACCUAAAGUUGGUUUAGAAAAGUAGUUUGAAGUGAUUUGUAAAGGUUUAUAGGCAACUUUUGUCAUUUUAAAAAGUGACGUUGCGUCUUGUAAAAUGGAAUAUUCCUGGAUCAGACCGGUCUAAGGAAAACGACAUUUUGGCUAUACAAUGACGGAUUUAAUCGGGAAAAAGACCCAAUUGUGAUGUUUAUGGGAUAUAUAGGAGUGCCAAGAAAGAAGCUCGUCAAAGUGGUCGAGCUGAACCACAGCCUGACCAGUGUGAUCCCGGAGAGCGCCCUCCUCAUCAUCAUCGGUUGGAUCCUGGGCGGCAUCAUCUACGGGGCAGACAAGAUGCAGACCUUCACCCUGACACCCACCGUCUUCUUCUUCUACCUGCUGCCCCAAGUCAUCCUGGAUGCAGGCUACUUCAUGCCCAACAAGCUGUUCUUCAGCAACAUGGGCGCCAUCCUGGUUUACGCUGUGAUUGGCACCUGCUGGAACGCUGCCACUGUGGGUCUCGGCCUCUGGGGGUGCUGGUUGGGCGGGGCCAUGGGUGAUAUCGACAUUGGUCUCCUUCAGUUCCUGUUGUUUGGGAGUCUAAUUGCUGCUGUGGACCCUGUGGCUGUAAUUGCCGUAUUUGAGGAGGUCCAUGUCAACGAGGUCCUGUUCAUCAUGGUGUUUGGGGAGUCCCUCCUCAAUGAUGGUGUCACAGUGGUGCUGUUCAAUGUGUUUGAUGCAUUCGUGUCGCUGGGAGGGGCAGAAAUUGAUGCUGUAGAGAUCAUUAAAGGCAUAAUCUCGUUCUUCGUGGUGGCAUUCGGAGGCUCCCUGGUUGGUAUUAUCUUUGCUCUGCUGAUCUCGCUCCUGACCAGAUGCACAAAGAACAUCCAGAUCAUCGAGCCAGGCUUCAUCUUCAUCCUGGGCUACCUCUCCUACCUGACAGCUGAGAUGCUCUCGCUAUCCGCUAUCCUGUCGAUCGUGUUUUGUGGCAUCUGCUGUCAGAAGUAUAUCAAUGCCAACAUGGAUGAGAGGUCGGUCACCACAGUACGAUACGUCAUGAAGGUGUUAGCCAAUGGCUCAGAGACCAUCAUCUUUGUCUUCCUCGGCAUCUCGGCCAUAGAUCCAGCUGUAUGGGUUUGGAACACAGGCUUCAUCCUCCUCACACUCCUCUUCAUCUUUGUGUUCAGGUUCAUAGGGGUCUUUCUCCUUACCUGGAUUUUGAACAAGUACCGACUGGUUCCCUUGGAGUUCAUUGAUCAGGUGGUGAUGAGCUACGGUGGCCUGCGAGGGGCAGUUGCCUACGGCCUUGUGGCCAUGCUGGAUGAGAAUAAGUUCAAAGAGAAGAAUUUGAUGGUCAGCACCACCCUCAUAGUGGUGUACUUCACUGUCAUGCUGCAGGGAAUAACCAUGAAACCUCUGGUCACCUGGCUGAAAGUGAAGAGAGCAGCCGUGACAGAACUCACACUAGCUGAAAAAAUACAGAAUAGGACCUUUGACCACAUGCUUGUCGCCAUAGAGGACAUUUCUGGACAAAUAGGACAUAACUACAUGAGAGACAAGUGGCAUAACUUUGAGGAGAGGUGGUUGUGCUGGUUCUUGAUGAAGCCCUCUGCCAGGAAAUCCCGUGACUACAUAUUCAACAUCUUCCACCAGCUCAACCUCAAGGAUGCCAUGAGCUAUGUAAAGGAGGGAGAACGCAGAGGCUCAUUGGCGUUCGUUCGGAAUGAGACCAAGGCCGAUGUGGAUUUCAAUAAGAAGUUUCGUGCCAGUUUCUCUGAGAUUAUGCCUGACAUCAUGGCAGAUAAUAUGGGACCGGAUCAUGUUCCACUCUCCUCUAUCUUACAGGACAUUGUGCCCUCUGUCUGCCUAGACAUGCAUGAGCAGGACCUGACGAUGAGGGAGUCAGAGGACUUUAAUGCACACCAUCUACUGCAGCAGCACUUGUACAGAGGCAGGAAACAGCACAGACACAGGUACAGUCGGAGCAACCUCGAAACCAACAGGGAUGAGAAUGAGGUGCAAGAGAUCUUCCAGAGAACAAUGAGAAGCCGUCUAGAGUCAUUCAAGUCAGCCAAAAUGGGUGUCGCCCCUGCCAAGAAGAUCCAAACCAAGCAUCAAAAGAAAGAUAAACCACAAAAGAUGCCAAAUGGAAACUCUUCGGAUAAAAGUAAAAACCAUCCUUAUGGGGAUAAAGAUUUGGAGUUUUCUGAAGGAGACUGUGGCUCUGGUGGCGAGGCUGCUGGCGAUUUAUUCCCCAUGAGGGCCUAUAGAGUAGAAGCUGGAAUAGUGAACCCAGCCUUCAUGGCAGAGAUGGACCCCAUGGACAACAUGCAACAGAUCCCACAUGUAGUACUUCUUCCACAAACUUUGAACUCCUUUGACACCUAACCCUGGGUCCUGGUCGUGACCCCAGUUGCCAAAGAAUCAAACAUUGCACCUGCUCGUUGACAAAACAUUUACUAGGGCAUGUUUUCUUUGCUGUGCAGUUGUUUAACCAUAGUUCUGUAUCCCCAGACAAAACAUUCCAGGUCCAGUAACCCUUGUGCUCUCCAAAAAAGGCUUUAAGUCUUGACUGAGCUCUUCCCUCUUCUUAGUGUAUGUUUGGUUGUAGGUUAGGUUUUUUAAAGGAAAGGGAACUGUGCUGUAUAUAACUCCAUCGUAACACAUGAGGAUCAUCAUGAGUCCAACACCAAAUAAGAAUGUUGGACAUUUGACCUUGCCAUCCAAAUCCAUGGUAAAUUCUGACCCGGUUUACCUGACAAAACCAAUCCCUCAAACAAUCCAGGAUUUUCCUGGCUUGCUCACAUUCCAUGUAGGCUGACAGUAAAAGAAAGUUCAGUCACACUUUAUUUGGAUAGUCCCAUAUAGAUAAUCUACGGCUGGUCAUAUUAUUUACAUUUUAGUCAUUUAGCAGAUGCUCUUAUCCAGAGCAAGUUACAGAGUUACAGUGCAUUCAUCUUCAAAACGCUAAGAGGGGCAAGCACAUAUCACAGGCAUAGCAAGUACAUUUUUACUCAGUAAAGUAGGGUGGGUGUCAGAAGGGGGGGAAGGAGAAAAGUAUCUAAGUGCCAUCCGCAUAGCAAUGAUAGGAGAGACCAUGUGAGGAUAUGAAGGAGCUCCUCCUGACCGGCUUAGCUGUCCACAGCCCUGUUCUGUAAACUUGCAAUGAUUCACUCAGCCACGGAGCAGGAGGGGCUGGGAGGAAAGGGGACAGUGCGAGUCAUAAGAUGCGGAAAGGGAGGAGGGUAGGGCCGACGAGGCAGAAUCAGGAGACAGGAGAGAGAAGGAUUUAGCAGAAGGGAGAGAUGGUAGAAUAGAAGAGGAGAGAGUAGUGGGAGAGAGAGAGCGAAGACCAUGACCAUUUGGGUAGGGGCUGAAUGGCUAGGUUUGGAGAAGAGAGUAGUGGGAGAGAGAGAGCGAAGACCAUGACCAUUUGGGUAGGGGCUGAAUGGCUAGGUUUGGAGAAGAGAGUAGUGGGAGAGAGAGAGCGAAGACCAUGACCAUUUGGGUAGGGGCUGAAUGGCUAGGUUUGGAGAAGAGUGUAGUGGGAGAGAGAGAGCGAAGACCAUGACCAUUUGGGUAGGGGCUGAAUGGCUAGGUUUGGAGAAGAGGGUAGUGGGAGAGAGAGAGCGAAGACCAUGGCCAUUUGGGUAGGGGCUGAAUGGCUAGGUUUGGAGAAGAGUGAGACAGCAAAGGAAACAAAGAAGUGAUCAGAUACCU